AUGCAGACGGCGGACAGGUUUCCCGAGGCCGAGAGCCUGCCUGUGGCUGCGGUGGUGGCCAAGUUUGCAGAGACGGGCGAGGACGACCGACUGAGCGUGCUGGACUUUAACUACCAGGCGCUGCCGUUUCUCCCGCAGCAGGGCGGGCUGUGGAACCGGCUGGGGCAUGUGACGCACAUGUUUCUGACCGACACGGGAAUCCGGACGUUGCCACCGGCGCUCGGGCUGAUGACCUCGCUCGAGUCGCUGCACCUCGGACAGAACAUGCUGACGGCACUGCCAGCGAGCCUCUGGUCGCUGACGGCGCUCCGCGAGUUAAUUCUGACGGCGAACGACCUCGCCGAGCUGCCGACGGGUGUGGGCAACCUCCGCGCUCUGACCUCGCUCAAUGUUGCCGACAACGCGCUGCAGCAGCUGCCUGCCGAGCUCGGGGCGCUCUCGCGGCUUCGGUUGCUCAACGUGUCGCAUAACGAGCUUGCCGCGCUGCCGCCGCAGCUCGGCGAGUGCUCGUCGCUCUCAGUUCUCAACGUCGGCUUCAACUACCUGAAGGAGCUGCCGCUGGAGCUUGCAGCGGCGCCGCUGGAGUACGUCGACAUCCAGUUCAACCCGCUUGAUCCGGUACUCCUUGCGGCAGUCUCCAAGUUUGGCGUCGAGGCAUUAAUGCUCUCGCUCAACCACGCACGGAUCCACGUGCGGCUGGGGCGGCUGGUGCCGCCAUCGGACGAUGCUGUGGCCGAGGCCGAGCUGGUGGAGCGGGCGUCGCUUGCGGUACCGAUUCCGACGGGCGCAUAUCAUGCGCCGGGCUCACCGGCGCGGACUCCGUUAAGCGGCACAGAACGGGCCGGCGAAGCUGGCGAGCUCGACUUUGACCAUGUGGAUGAAGAGCGUAAGCGCUUGUUCUCGUCGACAUUUACGGGCGAUUUGUCGAGCUCGAGCGUGGCACGGGCCAAGGCGCGGUCGGCGACGCCAACGGCGACGGCGACGGCAGCGCCGAUUAAGAUGCGGCCACGGGCGGUGUCGUCGGCGGACAUGCCCUCUGUUCCACCACGAGUCCUGCAUGCGCGGGCGCGACAGCGGCCGGCCAAGCUCUCAUCGGAGCGGAAUCUCGGGCACCUAUUGCGCCGCGAGAGUGCGUGGCGGGCGAGCCCAGCUCCGAUGCUCAACUCGAUCGAUGUGUCGGACAAGUCGCCGCUGCGAACGCAGCUCGCGCUCGGCGGCAUGCGUCGGUCGGGCUCGUCCAAACUCGCUUCGGGCGCAAUGGGCGAGAGCGUGAACGUGAGCGUGGCACGACGGCCGCUUGGCGGACACGCUUCGCUCCGACUCGACACGCUCUUAGUCUCGCGGCUGAGCAGUGAGGUGCGCGGGACUAAGUCGCCCAAGGCGGCAUCGCCGGCCGAGUCGCGGCGGUACUACCAUGUCGAAGAGGCUGGCAACGGGGAAGACGAGCCGCCGGAUCUGCCUGUCAUGCGGCGGUCGUCGUCGAUGGAGGCUCCGGUUGGACUCGGGGCGUCGCUGCUGGAGGGUGCGGCGGAGACGACGGCGUCACCGCGCGGGACCAACGAGACGGCGGACGAUGCGCGUACGGCUAUCCUGGAGCGAAAGGCCAAGCUGGCGCGCAACGUUACGCUCGCCCGCGAGCUGGUCGACACACUCGAGGCAUACGUCGAGGAGCCCGGAGGCACCCGACCGCCACCGGCCAAAGGUCUUUUUGCGUCGGUGCUUGGAACGCAGGUCUCGUCGCUUGCCGCCGUUUUUCGGACCAAAUCGUCGGAGCGCGAGGAGCAAGCCAGCGAGGUCCAUGUUCCGGCGCCGGGCUUUCUGGCCUCGCCGAGCCUCUCUGUGCACGGCCUCUCGGGCUCGGACGAUUACUUUGCGCAGGUCUCGGCGUCGUUCCCGUCGCAGCUCCAGCUCAACUACCACGGGUACCACUCGUCGCUGCACGCGCGGUCCGACACGCCGCUCUCUGAUGGCUCGCUCUCGCUGCCGGGCGGAGCCAGCGACUUGGAGCUGCUCGGCACAGAAUCUGAGGGCUCAUCGGGUAAGUCGACGCCUCACACCUCGCCGCGAAGGGUAUUUGACUCGCACGAGGUGAUGACCAAGUUUCUGGAGGCAAUCCAGUCGGCCACGCCGUCGGCGGGGCGCUCGAGUGAGGCGCCGUCACCGCGGCCUGCUGGUCGUGCAGGGCUGGCCUCACCGCUGGCGCAGAUGCAGUCGUCGGCACUGUCCUUGCCAACGCAGCGGUGGCUGGCGGCCAAGGACAAGAUUCUGGCGAUGCGGCGCGUGGCAGCAAGCGCGACGGCCGAUUCGUCGGCGGCGAGCGUUGUCAACCAAGCGACAGCGAGCGAGGGCCCGGCAUUUGUGGUGGUGAGCGGCAAGUCGAGCGUGAACUCGCUCGUGGAGGCGCUGGCAGCCGAGGCGCUGCCUGAUCCCGAGUAUGUGCACGACUUUCUGCUCAUGUACCGCGAGUUGCUGACGGGUCCGGAGCUGCUGGGCAAGCUUGUUGAGCGGUUCAACAUUACGACGCCAAGCAACCCAACGCCUGAGGAGAUUGAGCACUACAACAAGUACAAGGUUGUGAUCCAGAUCCGGGUGGCCAACGUUGUCCGGCGGUGGAUUGACGGGUUCUGGCAUGAUUGGUGCGAGCCAAUCAUGCUCGAUGGCCUGCACGAGUUCUUUAAGUUGCUUGUUGAGUCUGAGCUUGACGCGAUGGCGCUGCAGCUUGUGGGGCGCGUCCGCGACCAGCUGCAGGAGCACGACGCGGCGGCCGAGGCGGCGCGGCGGGUGCGGCGCAAUUUGUUUGGCUCAUCGAUGAGCGGGCCAGAGACGCUGUCGCGAAGCAGCGCCGGAUGGAACGGGGCCAAGGCCAUGGUGCUCGAGGUGGAGCCGUCGGUGGCAGCGUCUGCGCUCACCCGGAUCGAGAUGGAGUACUUUGCGCGGAUCCGGCCGGAGGAGUUUCUUGCCCCGUACUGGGCGAGCGCCGAAAACAGCGAGGAGGCGAUACACGCCCACGCGCCGAACCUCAUCCACUACAUCAAGCGGUUCAACAUUGUGGCCGGAUGGGUGGCGACCGAGGUGGUGAUGGCGCGCGACUUGCGGACGCGCGUCGCCCUCAUCAAGCGGUUUGUGGUCAUUGCUGAGAAGCUGCUCGCCAUGCACAAUUACAACACGCUCAUGGCGGUCCUCUCUGGACUCAACAUGCCCGUGGUGGCGCGGCUCUCGCGGACGUGGUCGCGGGUCUCGGCCAAGUACCGCGGCCCGCUGGCGCAGCUGCACCGACUUAUGGACCCGGCGGGUAACUACCAGACUUACCGCAAGAAGAUCCGGCGGAUCGAGCCGCCGCUCAUUCCAUUCAUCGGGUUGCUAGUGGCAGAUCUUAUGUUUAUCCAUGCAGCCAAUGCGGGGGCGGAGAGCGAGGCCGGACUGGUUGAUGUCGAGUGGUUGCGGUCGAUUGCCGCGGUGGUGCUCGACAUUGGGCGGCUGCAGAGCCACAAGCCUGUACUUGUGGUGGAGCCGCACGUGUAUGCGUCGUUCAAGUACGUGUUUGUGGCAUCAGAGACGGCGCUGGUAGAGGCGUCGCUUGCGGUGGAGCCCGAGGACUUUGAGCUCGAGCAGUGA